UGGCUGUUAUAACUGAAAGCUCUGAAGAAGAAGUUCUCUAUGUUAGUAGCUCUUCAAAGCCUAUUAUAACUGAAAGCUCUGAAAAAGAAGUUCUCUACAUCAGUAGCUCUUCGAAGUCUAUUGUAACUGAAAGCUCUGAAAAAAAAAUCCUCUAUGUUGGCAGCUCUUCAGAUGAUACAA